AUGGAGGAGGUCGACGUUGACCCGACAAUUACCAAUAUCCCCACGUCCAGUCAUGGGAAGCAUUUGGGUUUUGCUUGGGGUCCAGGAGAUAUCCUAGUGUAUGAGACCCUUUACAAACAAUCAGGUGUGAAGAGUAGGUUGUGCAGCUCCUUCGUGCACUCGGUCAGAAAAGACGAGGAUAUCUAUUCACCCAUCUUACGCAAACUCUUCAAUGAGUUGCACCACAUCUUUGUUGGUUUGCAGACAAUCCCAGAGGAAGUCCCCAACAAGAACAAGAAAUCCCAAUUUGUCAGCAUUAGUAAAAAUUAUAGAUCUGUAAUUCGUGCCUGUAUAGAAGAGCUUCAACAAGUUGCAGUAAUUACCAAAGACUCAGAACUGCGCACGCAAUACGGAAAUCAGGUGUCAAUCCUGUUGGCUAUUGAACUGAUCUGGAAUCUUUGCGAAGUACUUUUCAUUGAUGCUGGUCAGUGCGGCUCCCUGUUGCUCCACUUGCUGGACUGGGUGAGGUUGCAUAAGGGCGAUGUGGAUGAGAAGGCGACCCAUGUGCUGCAAAGCGAGAGUCCCGCCGAGCACAGUGACUACUGGGAUGUGGUGGUGGGCUAUGUGCUGCAGGGACACUUGGAAGAGGUCAGACAGUUGCUCAUGAAGCAGGCUGCCCGCCAGCCUGCUGCCAGGAACAUGUUCAAGUUGAUGGACCACCUGCUUAGCAAGAUGCCUUUUUAUAAUCCAGGCGGUACACAGACGCCGACAGACUUUGACGUGAAGUGGAGAAACUGGCAUGAGGAAGUGGACCGCUGCCUCCAGGACAACUCUUUUGCCAGCAACCCACGCCUGGAACUCCUAUGCAAGAUUCUAGUGGGAGAUGAAGACACAUUGUUGGAACACAAAGAACUUCUGGGCACCUGGUAUCACUUUCUGGUCACGAGACUACUCUAUUGCCACCCUACCGUCAGAUCCACAGAGUUGCAUUUCUAUGCCCAGUCAUGUAUGACCAUGUUUCUGGACCCCAGGAGUGUGCCAGAAGCCCUGGACAACAUCUUGCUUGCCGCCUUUGAGUUUGACAUCCAUCAGGUCAUCAAGGACUGCAGCAUCGCUCUCAACAACUGGUGGUUCGUGGCCCAUUUGACGGAUCUUCUCGAUCAUUGCCAGCUCCUCCAAUCUCACAAUCUACACUUCGGCUCCAACUUGAGAGAGUUUCUACUGUUGGAAUACGCUUCUGGCCUUUUCACUCAUCACAGUUUGUGGCAGCUGGCCGUGGACUACUUUGACCACUGUCCAGAGUUUGGUCGCGUCUACCUCGAGCUCCAGAUGGAGCGCAUACCCUUAGAUACAGAGCGCAAAGCCCUCAAGGUGCUACGGAUCUGUGAGCAAAGGCAAAUGGCAGAACAAGUGCGAAGUAUUUGUAAAAUCAUGGCCAUGCGUGCGCUAAGGAACAACAGAUUGGGUUCCGCUCUCUCCUGGAGCAUCAGAGCCAAAGACGCUUCAUUUGCCACCGUAAUUUCCGAAAGGUUUUUACAGGAUUACAGCAUCAGAGGGUCCUUUACGGAUCUGGAUCUCUUGGACAAUUUAGGUCCGGCGAUGCUGCUCAGUGACAGGCUGACUUUCCUUGGGAAGUACCGUGAGUUUCACAAGUUAUAUGGCGAGAAACGAUUCACAGAGGCGGCGACGCUUCUUCUCUCCCUGAUGACCGCUAAGAUCGCUCCCAGAAGUUUCUGGAUGACUUUGCUGACCGACGCUUUGCCACUUCUAGAGCAAAAAGAGGCCAUCUUCACAUCAGAGCAAACCUAUGAACUCAUCUGCUGUUUGGAGGAACUUACCUCAUCCCCAGACAACAACAUCGCCGACACUUCCAUGACGGAUGAAGACCUGGAGUUGACCAAAGUGGAGCCGUUGAGACUAGCCUUAGCCCGCAACCUAGCUCUGGCCAUCAACAACGAAGGCACUGUACGAGUGUGA